AUGAAGAUUACGUCGCGGCAUAUCGAGAAGGAUGGCUCCGGCAGGAUCACCAUUGUCCCCGAAGAGGACGAAGACAUGUACCACCUCUACAACCUCAUCGAGCAAGGCGAUCGCGUCCGAGCAGCUGCUGUGCGUCGAGUCCAAUCCGAAUCCUCGACCGGAUCAAUAGAGUCGCAUCGAGUGCGUCUCAACCUCACUAUUGAGGUAACCAAAACCACGUUUGAUGCAACCGGUUCGAGCGCGCCACCAGAUCCGUCCGCAGCGACAGCAUCGACACCGUCAACGACCGCAGAGGAAGAGGUAAGCCGCUCUGCGGCUGUGGGUGGAUCUGGAGGUGAUGGAGCAACACUUCAAGUGGCAGGGAGAGUGGUUGAGGAGAAUGUAUACGUCAAGAUGGGAGCGUAUCAUACGCUGGAUCUCGAAGUGAAUCGAGCGCUCACCAUCACAAAGGAGAGCUGGGACGCGGUUCAUUUGGAGCGACUGGGUGAGAGUACCGACGUCAGUCAGCGAGCCGAGGUUGGAGCUGUGGUGCUUGGAGAUGGUACGGCAGCCGUGUGUCUGCUGACUGGGCACAUGACGGUGGUACGACAACGCAUCGAUGUGCCGAUUCCACGUAAACGUAAAGGGUUGCCAGCCACGGCAGCGGACAAAGCGACGGCUCGCUUCUAUGUGCAGGUGUACAAUGCGGUGGUCAAGCUGCUUCAGCUUCCGGCGCUACGACUUAUCAUCCUUGCGUCGCCUGGCUUCACACGAGACUCGGUGUACGACUUUUUGUUCGAAGAGGCGACACGGCGAGGCGACAAGAUACUCAUUGGCAGCGAAGCACGUCGCAAGUUUCUCAAGAUUCACUGCAGCUCACCCCAUGUACAUUCGCUCAUGGAGGUGCUACGCAGUCCCGAGGUUAACGCGCAACUCAAAGACACCAAAUUUGCGCGAGAGGGACAGCUGCUGGAACGCUUCAUGAAACAACUUGCCAGCGACGAGCUGCGAGCCUGGUACGGCGAGCAGCACGUGCUGUUGGCUGCAUCGAGAGGUGCCAUCGGUGUCUUGUUGAUCUCUGACGGUCUGUUCCGAGCAGCAGAUCCGGCGCGAAGAAAAAAGUUUGUAGAGCUGGUGGAGGAUGUACGAGCACAAGGAGGUGAAGUAGCCAUCUUCAGCUCAAUGCACGAGAGUGGACGCCAGCUGAACGCCUUGACCGGCAUUGCGGCUAUCUUGACCUACCCACUGGAUAUCGAAGUGGUAGAAGAGGAGGAAGCUGAGGAAGCCAGGAGCAAGCAGGGGGAAGCAGCCUGA